AUGAAACAGCGCUUUUAUUGUGACGGGACGGACCCCAGCUACAAGAAGAUGGACACUCUGCAGCAGCGUCUGCAGUCCAGGAUAAAGGAAGCAGAGAACAUGUCCCAGGGCCGCAAUGGCUCCGUGCUCCCCAUCCUGACCAGGGACGUCUUCAUUCAGGUCCUCCGUCAUAGGGGGGUGCCCCUGGUCCAGUGUCCUGCUGAGGCCGACUGGGAGAUCGCCUGUUUGGCUCACCAGUGGAAGUGUCCGGUUCUGAGCAACGACAGUGAUUUUUUUAUUUUUGACCUGCCAGGUGGAUACAUGCCACUCAACUUUUUCCAGUGGACCAACCUCAGCGGUAAAGCGUCCCAGCGCUACAUUCCAGCCCGGUGCUACAACACAAGCGUUCUGUGCCGGUGCUACGGCGGACUGAACGCGGAUUUACUGCCGCUCUGCGCCGUUCUGACCGGCAACGACUACGCCACCCCGAGAGACGCCGACACCCUCCUGGCGCUCAUCGACGCCAGCGUGUUGGGGAGGAAUGGCGGCAGAGGGAAAAGUAAAGCCCCCUCGUCCCGCAUCGACGUCUUGCUCCGCUGGCUGUCGUCUUUUGCCGGUUCCGCCGAGGCCUUGGCGGAGGUGAGCCGGCUCAUGGGAGCAGGCGGGCUGAGUUCACAGCUGCAGGCGGGCAUGCAGGAGUACUAUAUCCGCCCUCAAAGCCCCCUGGCCGGCUGGUUUUCCCAGCGCAAGGCAGCACCGGGAGGGCAGAAGUCGCCGUUACCCGAGCGGUUGUUGCACGCGGCGGCUCAGGGGCUUUUAGCGCCCCUUGUGGUCGACGCUGUGGUCACGCGCAGAGUGCUGCUCAACCCGCAGGUGGAGAACAGCAAGCAGCCCAGCAGCCACUGCAGCGCCAGAGCGAUACGCCAAGCCAUAUAUGGGAUACUACUGCUCCGGGGGGGUUCUGUUCCAGGCGCUCUGACCCAGACCGGGGGCAAAGGACCCGGGAGAGUUCAACCCACUCCACAUGAAGGAUUUGGCAACGAUCAAGCCCACGGCCCGCCAACACACGUGUGCAGCACUCCCGUGUUUGUGGAGGAGUUGGAUCGACUUAACCUCGGCUUGAAGAAAAACCGAGUGCAGGCUCUGCUGCUGAAAUCACAUCUACACCUGGACACACUUACCCAGGAACCUGUCAAAGUCCGUCUCAAUGCCCUUUUCGAGGUCUUGCGGGUCAACCAGUCUGUUGUGGCUAACGUCCCCCCGCAUUUGAGGCUGGCGGUUGCAGUAACAAGCUUCUGGCUCCAGGAGGCUGUACCCAGGCCUUCACAACCCCAGAUCCAGGCCUUGAUCCUUGGGAUGGUCUAUGGAGAGUUGGUCUCGAUAGACCAGAACGGAACCACCCACUACCAACAAUCCGUCCCACAGCUCAACUGGUCUGCAGAGCGCGGCGUACUGGGUUGGCUGGACCAACACCGGGUGAAGUCCUUCAGACAAGGCAUGCCCGUCGCAGCGGCUCACAGUUUCAGCCAAUGGCAGGCCUGCCUGUGGAGUGCAGCGUGUCUGAAUCAGCUCUUAUUGCUGCCGUUGCCUGAGCUGCCCCUCGCAUAUUUGUUCAGCGGCACCAUGGCGCACGGUCUCCUCGCCUACCUGAAAGCGGGCGGAGCGGCCGAGAUCCUCCUGCCCGAGUCGUCCUUUUCCGGGCACCUCUACUCGACACUUUUACACGCCGUGAGAAACUGCAGCUCCAAGGCGCGCGCUCCUCCAGCGGGACCGAGGCGAGGCCGAGGCGCAGCGCCAGGAAGAAGAGGGAGAGGAGCGGCGGCGCCAAGGAGAGGAAGAGGAAGGCGAGGGAAUGACGAGGUCAGGAACAGGUUUGCAGUUUUAGACAUCAACGACUAAUGGCCGUAAAUGAUGUGACCGAACGGGGAAGUGAGACAUGCUAUGAAACUAAUUUUGUAGUUUUGAUGGCGGAGUCGCUCCAAUCAACAUUUUGCAUGAAUAAGUGAAAAGUCAAAUUAAGGAAUGACAAGGUGCUCCAUGUGCAAAACUUAUUCCCAACCUGCAGAAUAUCAUGGCAAACUUACCCGGUACUAUGUACAUUUUUAAAAAUAUUAUUGAACAAUUUAUUUCCCGUGAAUUUAUUUGAGUAGAAAACAUGCAUCUUAUUCAAUUCAAGCUUGAUGGAAAAAAAGGAUAGAAAAAAAAAAAGUUUCUAAUAAUACAAUCACAUUUAAUUAAAUUGAAUUAAACUGCUUCGGGCCCCAGUUUAGAAUGUAUUAAUCAGCAUGCAUCAAAAGUAAUUUUUAACUGAUAUCAUAUAAAGGCAGGCCUGGGCAAUUAUUCUGACUCGGGGGCCACAUUUAGAGAAAAAAGUGUCUAUGGGCCGGUAUAUCUAUAUUUAGGAACACUAAUACAAAACCUCCCAAUAAUGUCUGAUUGAAUGCUUAAAAACGUUAUGACAGACUGCCUUAAAAAAUAUAAUGGAAUUUUUAAAUUUUUCUAUGAACGAUAAAACACUGAAUAUCGACAAAAUAUGAACGUCACACCCCCUUUCGAUCGACAUAUUUUACAAUCAAGUGAAACGCAACAAACAGUGAAAUAUGAACGCGAAGGGUAGAAAAUAAACCCACCUACAAUCUGAUAUAUCUGAUAUUUGCUGAAUUUCCCCCAGGGAUCAAUAAAGUACUUUCUAUUCUAUUCUAUAUAUCACCAAGCUUUAGAACUUUGUUGUGAAAAUCUCCUUCCGCUUCCCGCCCACACUGCUUGGUGCCUCGUCCGAGCUGCUGUGACGUAGAUGACCAUAGUAAUUAAUUAGAUGACCAUAGUAACUAAUUAGAUUACCAUAGUAACGAGUAUAUCGUCCAUAAGCGCAGAUUCCAACCAUUGAAAUACUUAGUAUAGUUGAAGCCUUACGGUCAUUAGAAAAUAUCACUGCACAUCAUAAUGGCAGCUACACUUUCCAUCUUAAAGAUCUAAAAAAAAAAUUUGGGGGAUGUCCGGCGGGCCAGAUUGAAAAGCUCAACGGGCCGCAUGUGGCCCCCGGGCCUUAAUUUGCCCAGGUCUGUAUAAAGGUGUAGAUCAGGGGUCUCAAACUCAAUUUACCUGGGGGGCCACUGGAUGCAGAAACUGGGUGAGGCUGGGCCGCAAGAAAAGAUUUCUUAAAAAAAUCUAACGUGCACUUUUUAAUGAAUUCACCUUCUUUGAAUGGCUUUCCCGCCUUAGCAACAUACUUGCCAACCCUCCCGAUUUUUCCCGGGAAACUCCCGGAUUUCAGUGCCCCUCCCGGGGCAACCAUUCUCCCGAUUUCCACCCGGACAACAAUAUUAAACGCCUACUGAAAUGCGAUUUUCUUAUUUAAACGGGGAUAGCAGAUCCAUUUUAUGUGUC